UCCGAGCGCGCAGCAAGAUGGCGCCGGCUCACUUCCUGUGGUUGUUGCCGCGGCGACCAAAUUUUUUAAAAAUUAAAACUAAGUCCAAGCCUUCAUUCGGAAAGGACAACAUCGGGUUUGAAAUCAAAGGCGGAGUCAGCUUUCAGUAGUUUUACUUACGUUUCUCUACGCUGGAAAAUAUCGCUUUGAUGACGACGUGGGGGUGGGGAGCAAGCGGAGGGGGGGGGGUUGGGGCGGUUGUCAUGGUGACGGCUGUUUGUCAGCCUGAGGCCUACAGCAGCAUUCCAAUACAGGUAAGAGGAGAAGGGAACAACUGCAAUCAUGUCAAAGAAGAAGAAAGGACGUGGAGAAGGCAAGAGCAAGGCAGUAGGAAUGGAGUUGGAAGUUCUGACAGCAGCUGCUGAACGGAUUGUCACACUGCAAAAUGAGUACGAUGAACUGGUUAAAGAGUUGAAACAACUGAAAUUGAAGAUUUAUAACCUGCGAAAGGAGAAUGAGUUCCUCGAAAAGGAGGCACAGCAGACACGCCUGGAGACUCAUGAAUACAUCGUCCAGAUGUCAAAAAGGACUGAGAAAAGGCAGAAUCAGAUCAUUACACUGAAUGAUCAGAAUCGCCAGAACUUGGAAGAAAUCAGGAAUGCAAAGGAGAAAAUACUGGCUGAAUUUGAGGUACAGAAACAAGAACUGGAAAUGGAACAAGCAGAGAAAGAAAAUGAGCUGCUUCAGCUUAAGAAGGAGAUUGAGGACCUGGGCGAAUAUAAAGAAUUGCGGGAGCAACAGCUGGCAAGAAUCAGGGAACUUGACAGUCUGGUGAUGGAUGCCCGGGCUAAACAUUCUCAGUGUGUGCAUGAUCUCAAACUCAACUUCAACAAGGAGAAGGCUGAGUAUAAACAGAAUGCCAGGAGGAUGGUGAAACAGCUGGAGAAGGAUGCAAACAAGGAGGCCGUCUGCUGUCUGAUUGAGCAUAUUGAAUCUAUCAAGGUGGAGAACCAGCAGCUGAGGGAGGUGCUGGUGUGUUUGAUCAGACGCUCCCGAGUUCUCCACGAGCAGCAGGAGGAGCUGGAGGCCCAGCACAAGCAGCUGCUCCAGGAGAGAGACUACUGCACCAAGUUGAGGACACUGCGGUAUAGGAAGCAACUCAGUGAGUAUGUGGAGCCAAAGGUCAAGGAGCAGUCAGAGACCAUAAAGCAGCCAAAGGUAGAGGUGGAAUCAGAAACCAAGGAGCAGCCAAAGGUCAAGGGGGAACCAGAAACUAAGCAGCAGCCAUUAGUCAAGGUGGUGUCUGAAACUGAGGAGUCAUCAGAGACCAAGGAGUCAUCAGAAACUAAGGAAGAGCCGACACUUGAAGAACAAGAUGAUGAGGAUUUCGACAGUGAUGAGCUAGAAGAUGGGUAGUUAGACAAGCUGGAAGAGGCUGAGUAGGAGAACAUAGAAAGUGCCAGAAAAAAAAGCUUGAAAUAGGAAAAUUGUACUCCUUUAAUCAGCUGCCUUUCCAGUGUAAAUAUGAGAAACCCUCCUUGAUCCAAGGAAGUUGUUAGUCCUAAUUAGACAUUUUCCAAUAUUUUUUCCUUUUCAAAAUUCUGCAACUUAAUUUUUGUCUCCAUCAAUGAAUAUUAAACUGAUGUAUAGUACUGUC